CAACUUGACAGCUGGAUGAAAUUCAUUGUCAAUUCAUCCAUCCAACCAUAUUGUGAGAAAAAGACUAUAAAGAUUCACUUGUGAUCACGGGUUUGACAAGAACUCCUUUCAUCACUCUCCAUUCCCUCCUACCCUUUCAAUCUUGUAUAUUGACAUUGACUUUCUUAACUUGAAAUACCUCCAUCCUUCCCAACUGCCUCCUUAUUGUUCAGUACUAUUGCGUGAUACUUCCUUCAAAACUGCUUUAACUUCACUAUAAUUCAUCCUCAUUCAAUCUCCCGAGUCCAAAAUGGCUGAAUCAGAAACAUUCAUCAGCGGAGCUGAUGGUAACGAAGUUUUUCAGGCGAAAUAUAUUCCAAAACAAAAAGGUCCUUUGCCUUUAGACCACCCGAGUAUGAAGGCAUACAUCUCAACUUAUCCACCUUUGGGCCAGCAGACAACCAUCCUCGACCUUACAAAAGUCAUUACCGCUUUGUUGGAGGUUGAUGAAAGUCGUGCCAAAGAACCAUGGGAACUGUCACUUCUUUACAGUGAUGGAGAUCAAUGGCUAGAGUCUCCGAUGGAGCCCAUAAAGGAAACAGUUCCCCUACCAACAAUCCUGCAAACCGUGGCACCUUUGGGACUCCAUCGGUUAUACUUCAAAACAUCUCUCCCCUCUCGUCUCCCUACAAAUUUUACAGUGAAGUUUCGAAGCAACUCUACUCAAUCUUGGAAUCUCGUGAAGGACCAUCAGGGAAUGCCAAAUGGUUCGAUAAUUCUAAAAACAGUUACUUCCCAAGAAAAUAUUUCAAGUAAAUUAUCUGAUUAUGUUGAGAAUUUGAAUCCAGCCUUAGAGGCAAAAAACCACCGAAGCCAGUCUCCCGGCACCACUCUUUGGUCUGUACAAGUUCCGAUUGAAGGAGCUGCUGGGAAAGAUUCCACUAUAAAGGACAUCAAAUUUGGGCUUCCUUGGGGACAAGACAAGUUGGCAAGGUCGGUUCAACACUCCGUUAGUGAUCGUGGCUCACUCUUUACUAAUUUAACUAGAUGGUUUGCUCUUAUCCGUAUCUGGACUCCCUGGCUAGCACCCCGACAAGGAAAGACUCAUUUUGACCUUGAUAAAGAGGCCGUAACCUGCUCUUUUUUAAGCUCAGAAGGCAAGCACAUUGUUUUACUGGCUAUCAGUGGAGUUAACGACGUGAUGACUCUGUUCAAGAGUGACAGCGAUGGCAGAGUCGUGCUAGAGGUAUGUUAUGACGUUGCGGUUUUGACGAAUAUGAUUUUGAUUCAAGUAGGUUCGAAACGACAAUGCCAAGGAGUCUGUUGCUCAUGUGCUCGUUGGGCUCGGUGACGACUAUGAGUCGGCUAACGCGGCCGUAAUGUACCAUGCUAGAGAGGUCGUUGCAGCUUUCGAGAGUGCGUCUGGUGAAACACAAAAGGAGAUCGAGGCUCUCAACGAAGGGGACGAGAAGACAAAGGUCUGGGUUGAAAAUUGGUGUGAUGGCUUGACGUAUUGUGCGUUCACUAAACCUUUCGAUAUGAUUUUCUAACCAAUGAGCCAGGCACAUGGAAUGCACUUGGACAAAGAUUAACAGAAGACAGAAUACUUAAAGCAGUUGAUAUUCUGGCAGAGAAUAAGAUUAACGUUACAAACUUCAUCAUUGACGAUAAUUGGCAAGCCAUCGACUACCAGGGGCAUGGUCAGUUUCAACACGGUUGGAUUGAGUUUGAGGCAGAAAGAGAGGCAUUUCCCAAUGGCUUGAAGCACACUAUAUCUCUUAUCCGAGAAAAACAGCCUAGUAUACAGCAUGUAGCCGUAUGGCACGCAAUUUUAGGUUAUUGGGGUGGCCUUGCCUCAGACGGUAAGAUUGCCAAGGCUUACAAAACAGUUGAAGUAAUUCGGCGAGAUUCUGAGAGACGGAAUCUACCUUUGGGCGGCAAAAUGACAGUGGUCGCCAAAGAAGAUGUGCGGAGGUUCUACAACGAUUUUUAUUCAUUUCUUUCAUCCUGUGGGGUUGAUGCUGUCAAGACAGAGUAAGUGGCUGAUGCUUACCUUUUCUGUGCUGACAUAACCUAGUGCCCAAUUUAUGCUUGAUCUCUUUGAGUCUGCUCAAGAUCGUAGUGAUUUGAUAUCCGCAUACCAAGAUGCGUGGACCCUUUCGACUCUUCAACAUUUCAGUGUUAAGGCAAUCUCUUGCAUGUCACAAAUCCCGCAAAUCCUCUUUCAUUCUCAAUUGCCCCAGAACAGACCUCCAAUCCUCGUGCGGAACUCCGACGACUUUUUCCCCGAAAUUCCUACUAGUCACCCAUGGCAUGUCUUUACCAAUGCCCACAAUGCUUUAUUUACACAACAUCUUAAUCUGAUUCCAGAUUGGGACAUGUUUCAAACCGUUCAUGACUAUUCUGGUUUCCAUGCAGCUGCUAGAUGUGUUAGCGGUGGUCCAAUAUACAUCACGGAUGUGCCUGGUCAACAUGAUCUUGACCUUAUAAACCAAAUGACUGGCCCUACUCCGCGGGGAAAGACUGUUAUUUUUAGACCUAGCGUCGUUGGCAAGAGUCUGGAUCCGUAUAAUGGAUACGAUGACGACCACAUACUCGCAAUUGGGACGUACCAUGGCGCUGCCUAUACAGGAACUGGAAUCAUUGGCUUCUUCAAUGUAUCUCAGAGACCACUUAGCGAGUUAGUGCCAUUGUCCAAGUUCCCUGGUGUUGAGGAGGCACAAUUUUAUAUCAUCCGCGCCCAUUCCAGUGGGGCUGUCUCUAAGCCUAUGCAAGUAGUAGACUCGGAGGCUUUGAUAUACGUGUCUCUCGAUGUGAGAGGUUACGAUAUCUUGUCGGCCUACCCAUUGCGCGGGUUCGUUAACCAAGGGCAAGAAAACACUACAUGGAUAGCUAACCUGGGUCUUCUUGGCAAAAUGGCUGGGGCGGCAGCGAUUGUCAGCAGCGAAAUGACGAAGGCUGAGAAUGACAAGAUUACAAUUGACACGAAUGUUAAAGCUCUGGGAACUCUUGGUAAGUAUGAUUCAUUCAUCAACCAAUUUUGGAUUCUAAUUUGACUUUCAGGGAUCUACAUCUCUACUCUUCCCAACAUAUCGUAUGAAGACCACUUGCUAGUCACCAUCCUUGGAAAGAUUCUCCCAAGUCACACAGUUAGCAUCAGCAAGACUGACCCCCAUGUACUCGAAAUUGACACAUUGACGGCUUGGAAGGAACUUGGGCUUUCCAGUGGAUGGAGUAACGAAGUGGAGGUGAAGAUAUACAUCAACGGCACAGCUUGAAAGUCAAUAUGAAGAAAAGUUCAUAGCUAUGCAAAGAAUCACAAUCAUUCAGACAGCCAUACAAUUGAUGUAAUAGCAUAAAAGAUAGCAACCCCCGAUGUCCAAAUACGUAUAUAUUCACGU